CUUCUCCAAAAAAGUGUCUUAGUUCCCCGUCACCUGAGCGCCCAGGACGCGUCCGCGGGAGCCUCGCCGAGCCACGCCUGUCGCAGCUCGGAUCCUGAUACCCGGUCCCUGCCCCUCACCCGCAGCCAGCCGCCCCCACCCCCAGGCUCCGUCCUUCUCGCUGUCCCUUCCCCAGAACCCGGCCGGACCGAACCGGGCCGAGUUGGGCCGCCCCGGCGCGGCCGCUCACCAUGGCGUCCCUCUUCAAGAAGAAGACCGUGGACGACGUAAUAAAGGAACAGAAUCGAGAGCUGCGAGGCACACAGAGGGCUAUAAUCAGAGAUCGAGCGGCCUUAGAGAAACAAGAGAAACAGCUGGAAUUAGAAAUUAAGAAGAUGGCCAAGAUUGGUAAUAAAGAAGCUUGCAGGGUUCUAGCUAAGCAGCUUGUCCAUCUACGAAAACAGAAGACAAGAACUUUUGCAGUCAGCUCAAAAGUCACGUCAAUGUCCACACAAACUAAAGUGAUGAAUUCCCAGAUGAAGAUGGCUGGUGCGAUGUCUACCACUGCAAAGACAAUGCAAGCAGUUAACAAGAAAAUGGAUCCACAGAAGACACUACAAACAAUGCAGAAUUUCCAGAAGGAAAACAUGAAAAUGGAAAUGACUGAAGAAAUGAUCAAUGACACCCUUGAUGACAUCUUUGAUGGCUCUGAUGAUGAAGAAGAAAGCCAGGACAUUGUGAAUCAAGUUCUUGACGAAAUCGGAAUUGAAAUCUCUGGAAAGAUGGCCAAAGCUCCAUCAGCUGCCAGAAGCUUACCAUCUGCCUCCAACUCUAAGGCUACAAUCUCCGAUGAAGAGAUUGAACGACAACUCAAAGCUUUAGGGGUAGAUUAAAUCAAAAGCCAUACUAUUUUCACUUUCUACAAUUAUUUGAUCUAAAGUGGGUCCGUUGUAGAUUCCUUUUACAAAACAUAUUCAUUUUGCAAAAAUGAGGACCAUGAGUGAACACUUGUUUCCUGACCCAUGGCUAUUUUGAAUCUUUGCCAAAGAAUGCCAGUGAUGCAAAAAUGGAAACAGUUUAGGUUUUGAAUAGAACCACGAAGGUCUGAUGAUGUGUGCAAAAUGAGUUCUUUCUGCAUCACAGAGAAACAGUGUCAGUACUUAGUGCCGGGCGUGUUCUAAAUCUUUUACACUGAAAUCAGAGUUCUUGUUAAAUGCCUUUUAGGCGCCAAUGUAAAGAGCCUUGUAAAAUAUUAAAGGUGUAUCGUUAAUUCUGUAUCUGUUGCUUGUCCUUUGUAGACAGUUCAGUUAGGACCACAGGCAGUACAGCUGCCAAAUUAUUUUUGAACCAUCUAAAGAAGAGUGCUAUUUAAACAUCUGUCUUUAAAACUGUCAUGAGCUUUUACUUUUCUUCCAUUUUUCCCCCUUUGGGAGAACAUUCUAGUUGGUAAGUUUAUUACCUUUCAAAAUGUGCUUGGCACCUGCCUUAAAUAGCACAAACAUAUUGUGCACAUCUUUAAAUUAUUUUAACUGGCAAAAAAGAAUUUCACUUUAAAAUAAAUUAAGUCUUAGAACAGUUACCCGAGCUGUCUUUUAAAGCUUACAAAAGCAAAGUGGAUAUAAUUAGCAAAAUGAAGGAAGAAGAUGCUGAAUUAAUAACAUUUUAUAGCAAUGAAACCACACUUGUUCUUUCUUCCAAGAACUGAGACUUUCUCCGUAUAAUUUAUGACUUAGUCUGUGUUGAAUUUUGAUUUUAUUAAUAUACACAUUAAACCCUCUAAAUUGAAGCCAUUCUUCCAAAUGAAGAACUACUACUAUGACAAUACUUGACCUAGAUUUUUAAAGUAAAAGGGGUUUUUGUUUUGUUUUGUUUUUGGUAAAUAAAUUGCAACUUUGUCAGAAAUUACUGCCUAAAAUGCAUCAUUGUGUUAGCAGUAAUUCAAAAGUAAGUUAGCUAUGUUAUAUAGAGGCCAAGAGAAAGGAGAGGCUGCCACAGAGUUAGAAGUAGAAGAGUUAGAAUUAGCUUAGUUUUGAAGAAUGAUGUUGUAAUAUAUGGAUUCUGACACAUCCCAACACAGAAAGUGUAGGAACUCCAAUCAGUUUGACCUGGCUGAUCCCGAGGAAUGGACUUUUGGACUGUCAGGUAACAAAGGCAGAUACAUACUGCCGCUUUAGACAUGGCACACAUACAUGCAAGGAACAGCAGCUCCCUCUGCCACCGACUUCAGAAUCUGUAAGCAUCUUGUGUUCAGAGAGUAGGCCUCAGGACUGCUGGUCUUAAGUGCACAGUUCGCAGUAACCCUGGACGGGAAUGGGUCCACACAUCGUACUGUAUCAUCGGGUAUUGCACCCAUACCUGUUUUGGAUGUACAUAGUAAUGCUGUCUAACCUGAUUUACCUUCUUGUUUACAUGUGGGAGCUUUGCGUUUUAAGAUUAUUUUGUCUUAAAAAACAAACUCAAUAAAGAUUUAUUGCUCUUA